AUGACGGAAGCCGUGAUUAACAACCUUUCUAAUAAUAAUACAUCUGGGUUCUUUUUGAUUUCAAAAAAACAAGAUGAUUAUGAUAACUUACUUAAACAAUAUUCUUUUGUACUUUAUGGCUUUGAGGAAGAUCCUUCAUCGCCUGACAGGUCUCUUUAUGAGAAAUCAUCAGAAUUUCCAGAUACGUUCACUAAAUUUGAUGUGAAAUCACCAACUGACUCAACUCUCCAGAGUGAUCGAAAGGUAUCACUUGAGUGUAAACCUAACCUAAAUAUGGGGGAGCUACAUUUGAAUUUUACUGCGGAUCAUUGUGAUAUGACGACGUUUUUAUCAAGAAAUAUCGAAAAUGGUGACGGCUCAAAUACGUUUUGUAGACAUCCUAAACAUGUUAAAUAUUUGGAUUCUGGUUUGAUAAAUGGAAAUAUUGCUUUAAUUAAAAUUCCAAAACGCCUUGCUCAAAUUGUUAAUGUUUAUCAUAAAACGUUAAUUUGUAAACAAUGUUUAAAGCAAAUUGAUAAGGAUCCGGAGUAUACGAAACACCCACAAUAUGAAUCCCCAAGGAACAUUCGUAAGCAAAGAGAAUUGAAGAAUCUUAAUAUCACUAUUGUUGGUUAUGAUUAG